AUGCAUCCUUCGAUCCCUUCACCCAGUAGUAAUGUGAAUCCCAGCUGCAAUACCAGUCUUUCUGGGUCUCCAUCAUUACCUUCGCUAUCCACGGACGAUGUAACCACUAUCUUUGUAGUAGGGUUUCCUGAUGAUUUGCAAGAACGAGAGUUCCAAAAUAUGUUUAUGUUCUCAAAGGGUUUUGAAGCUGCUUCGUUAAAAUGGCAUUGUAAGGACCAACAAGAGGAUCAAGACAUGUUUAAUACCGUCCUGAACAAGAAACAAAUGAUUGGAUUUGCUAGAUUCCGUACUCGUCAUGAAGCCAAUGAAGCUGCCAAUGAAAUGAAUGGUAAGAAAAUUGAUACUGAAAAGGGAUCCAUUUUAAAAGUGGAGAUGGCCAAAAAGAACCUACAUAUCAAACGAUCGGUGCCAUUAUCUUCCGUCUUCUUACCCGAGCCUUCUAGUUCUCCCAUGUCAAUUCUUUCCCGAACCGUAACUCAUCCGCAACAAGAGUCCCAGGCUAAUAUUGCUGAUGAUUAUGAAUCUUUCUCUCCGUUGCCUAGUGACCUCUUAUCACCCGAAAAAGAAUACAAGGACCCAUUUUCCUUACAUCAUGAAAUUACUACACCCACAUUCUUUGGUGAUGCUCUCUUUUGUAUACGUUCACAGUCCUUUGACGGCAGAAACAUCUACAAUGGUGACAUGCAUCCUUUUCAAUUGUUUGCAAAAUCAUCCUUUUCCGAAGCCGAAGCCGAGUACACGUCAAGUCAACAAGAGCAGACGGGAUAUUUUCAUCAUGCAGCAACGGAGGAUUUGAUGGGCGGCGGUGGUGGUCGUAAAAGUUCAAUGAAGACGCAUCAUAUCGAACGAUCCACGAGUAUUUCAUCCGCCUGUUUUCGUGCCAUGAAUAAUUCAGCGGACCAAAACCCACCAUGUAAUACAUUGUAUGUGGGUAAUUUACCUCCGGCUACAAGUGAGGAUGAAUUGCGAUCGUUAUUUUCGCAAUGUGAAGGAUACAAACGUAUGUGCUUUCGUGCAAAACCUCAAGGUCCCAUGUGCUUUGUAGAAUUUGAAGACGUGGUCUAUGCUACACAAGCCAUGAGUGAACAUCAAGCUCAUCUUUUGUCAAAUUCCGUCAAGGGAGGAAUUCGUCUCUCAUUUAGCAAGAAUCCUCUCUUUAUCAAACCAAACAAGGAAGCUGGCAUUUCAUAUAGUUUCAAGCAAAUGGGUACAGCCUUAUUAGCUGACCUGUAA